AUGGCUGCUAAUUCAAGAGCGAUUCCGGAGCCGCAGAAGCUUACCCAGACCACUUGCCCGUGUGGCCAAUCGUGGUCGAGGCGCAAAACUUUCGUGCCAGACACGGAAUCUACUUUACUUUCGGAACCGAUUCGUGAGUCUUCUCAAGCUAUAGCCGCUCAACGGAGACAAAGCUCUGAAAAUAUCCAAGUAUUCGUACGCAUUCGUCCAUUAAUUGAGCGCGAAAUUUCUCAAGCGCGAUAUUCAGGAUAUCACUCUAUCAGUGCAACUGAUCACCAGACCAUUGAAGUACGUACGUCCGAUUCCACUAUUAAAUGCGCGUAUGAUGCCGUCUUUGAUCACACAUUUUCUCAAGAGCAAGUAUACAACCGAGUUCACGAAUGCACUGAAUCGUUUCUUCAAGGAUUUAACUCAACGCUUUUCGCUUAUGGGCAAACUGGGAGUGGCAAAUCUUUUACAAUGUUUGGCGCUGAGACGGAUCUAUCACGGUACAGACCAGGGCUUCAGAACAGCCAAGCUGGAAUCAUUCCGCGGGCAAUCAAGGCACUUUUUGCAGCUACUGUCCGCAUGGAAGAGGAUGCUCAAGCAUCGAUAUUUUGUUCGUUUGCACAAGUUUACAAUGAGCAAAUAUUUGAUCUUUUACGGGAUACUCAAAUGGCUACACCUUUAGAAAUUCACGAAGACCGUAAACAUGGAAUAUACGUUGAAGGUUUGUCUGAAUACGCAGUAAAGGGAGUUAGUGACUGCCUUCAGCUGCUGCAAUCCGGGGAGCAAAAUCGUGCUGUGCGUUCUACCCACAUGAACCAAGUAAGUAGUCGGAGCCACAGCGUCUUCCAACUACUCCUCGAGCAGAGACGGAAGGAUGGAACAGUUUUAAAAUCGAAAUUUAAUUUAGUCGAUCUUGCUGGGUCGGAGAAGUGGAAUCUAAACACCGACAUGCAAGAAAAUCACAUUACUGAGAUGACCAAUAUAAACCUUAGCUUACAUACUCUUGGAAGAUGCAUUGCCUCGCUGUCUAGCAAAUCUACAAAAGGUUCCACUCAUGUACCAUAUCGUGAUUCAAAGUUAACGAGACUACUUCAAGACAGUCUGGGGGGUAACACAAAAACGAAGAUCAUAGCAACACUGUCACCAUCACUGGAUUGUGUGGAUGAAUCCAUAUCCACGCUCAAAUUCGCUGAUCGAGCCAAGAAAGUAAUGGUUACGGUUCGCGUAAAUGAACAGCGAGAGAUUGAUCCAGCAUAUGUGGAAAAACUUCAGGAUGAACUGGAGCAGUUGCGAGAGGUUCUUAGGCUAUUUCGACAAACAGACGAAUCAAAUGAACACAGUUUUGAAGAUGAGAUCGAUAGUAGCGACAAUAAUAGUGGUCACGAAAAAAAGGAAGAAGUCGAUAGAUUGAAAGCUAGGGUCGUUCAGUUGGUCUACGAAAAUACUGAACUCAAGCACCAAAUAAAAAAACAGCAAAAAGAAAUCGAAAGUCUUGGACUACAGCAAUCACAUCAAGAAAAAUCUGUUUUAUUCAGCUCGCCCACUGAUUCUCAAUUGGUACAGGCAAAGCAGAAUCUGGAGAAUGUCUUUCGCCAGCUGAAAGACGCUUCAGAUCGCUUUUUCAGAUAUGAAAUCGAAGAAGAAGAACUCAAAACGAUCCAUUGCAGACUUUUUCAGGAAGUGCAGGUCGUACCUCAUUACCCGCCAACAUCGAUCUCUCACUCACCGCAAAUCACUAAUGGCAGGGUAUCUGGCGGUGGUGAAAGUAUGAGAAUUCGUUCCUGUAUGAAGCUUCGAUCGUCUGGGUCGUUGACACCCCCUGAAAUUUUACCUGCCAUGGUAGCAGCCAAAUCGGAUUUAAGCUAUCGCGUAAGAGGCCGCUCAAUUGACGGAAAUGGAAGCGGGGGUGGAUGGAGAUACGAUACGCAGUCCUCAUCUGUUAAAAAUAUUGAAAGAGAACUGGAAGUAUCAAGAAAAGCGAUUGAGAAACAAACGAAACUACAAAGCUGGCUGAUAGAGAAGGAAAAGAGAGAAAUUUUCAAACUUCAACAAGAACAGCAGUAUUCUGACGAGCAACGCCGACACGCUGCAAAGAAGGAUGCCAAGUUCUUUAAGCGAGCUGCAGAAACAAAGAAAAAACUGCUUUUGGCUUCUUCGAUCAAUAUGGAUGUCUUAGAUCCUAAAAAUAUUAAACCAGCAACAGCUGAAACAUAA